UAAAGUAAAGGACAGUAACCAACGACCAACAGUUGAGUAAUUCAUGUUAAAAAGGGAAAUCCCAAAGCUGAGCAGAGCCGUUGGAUAAGUAGUAAGUGAUCGAAAUAAUCAAAUCGCAGAAAAUAUCGGAAAAGAAGCCAAAUCAACCAAAACUCACCUUUGUUUAAACAUUCCAAAACAUUAACUGAAAAAGUGACUGAAAAACUUGGAGCGAUUUUCUUUUUUAGUGAAAGAAUAGGAAUUUGUAUAAGCAAGCCGGGCGGUGCGACGAGCAGAGCCGUCGCACAGAGGCUCAGGCAUCCCGCAGCACAACCUGAUAGUACUUCUACAUCAUCAAUCCUCUACGAUAAGUCAUCGUCUACCAAGAUGAAGGGGCUUUUCAAAUCCAAGCCGCGAACUCCCGUCGAUAUCGUGCGCCAAACGCGUGAUCUCCUCAGCUUCGCCGCCCGCUCCUCCGAAAGUCGUGAAUCCAAGCGGGAAGAGAAAAUGGCAGAAUUGUUUAAGAAUUUAAGGGAGUUGAAAUCUAUUCUUUAUGGAAAUAGUGAAUCUGAGCCAGUCUCAGAAGCUUGUGCACAACUGACUCAAGAGUUCUUCAGAGAGAAUACGCUGCGGCUCUUGAUCACUUGCCUUCCUAAAUUGAACUUAGAGGCAAGGAAAGAUGCCACUCAAGUUGUUGCCAAUUUGCAAAGGCAACAAGUGAAUUCGCGGUUGAUUGCUUCUGAUUACUUGGAAGCGAACUUAGAUCUUUUAGAUAUUUUAAUAGCAGGUUAUGAAAACACAGACAUGGCUUUACAUUAUGGUGCAAUGUUGAGAGAAUGCAUACGGCAUCAGACUGUUGCAAGAUAUGUUUUGGAGUCACAGCACAUGAAGAAGUUUUUUGACUAUAUACAACUUCCAAAUUUUGACAUUGCUGCUGAUGCUGCUGCAACUUUUAAGGAGCUCUUGACAAGGCAUAAGUCCACCGUAGCUGAAUUUCUUUCCAAGAACUAUGACUGGUUUUUUGCAGAAUAUAACUCAAAGUUGCUGGAAUCAAGCAACUACAUUACGAGACGACAAGCUAUCAAGUUGUUGGGAGAUAUUUUGUUGGACCGCUCAAAUGCAGCUGUCAUGACCAGAUAUGUGAGCUCAAAGGAUAACUUAAGGAUUCUUAUGAAUCUUCUAAGGGAAUCAAGCAAGAGCAUUCAAAUAGAAGCUUUUCAUGUUUUCAAGUUGUUUGCCGCAAAACAGAAUAAGCCUCCAGACAUUGUUAGCAUACUCGUUGCCAAUAAAAGCAAGCUUCUACGAUUGUUUGCAGAUUUCAAGACUAAUAAAGAGGAUGAACAGUUUGAGGCGGACAAGGCUCAGGUUGUGAGAGAAAUCGCUGCCCUUGAGCUUAGAGACCGCCCAUAGUGAACUCUAGGGUACUGUAAUCUCUUUUUGUCUUUUUUUUUUUUUGUUUUUUCUUCUUUUUUUUUAAAAAAAAUAACUAACACAAGUUGACUGCACCAUAUAGUGAUCUCGUGGUCCUCUCAGAGGACGUGUAAUAUGUAAAAGGAAAAAAAAAAAAAAUCAAUUGUGAUCCUCUUUCUUAGAAUCUUGGUUUUUGGUCAUAUGUAGUUUGCAAUGUUUGGGAUGAAUGCCAAUAUAGACGUCUGUGGAUGUAUAGGUCUGGGAUUAUGGGAAAGGUUCUGAAGAUAAUACAAUGUUAUGAAGGUGAAAAUAGAAUAAGUCUCUGAGGUUAAUUUAUUCAGAUAA